UUCCGUACGGGACACUUGUUUUAUUUUACGGACGACAAAAACAAUCACACGGUAGGAGACACCUGUUCCGUACAGACCUCGAUGGGAAAAGCCUCGUCAAUCUGAAACUAAGAACAAUUAUCGAACCCACGUCUCUUUCGUCUACGACAACGCUACAACGCUACCGCAUAUUUCUUGUACUUUUCACUUAUUCAGUUGUUACCGUGUCUGCCUCCCGAAUGUUUCUGUCGUCGUCACUCCGAAGAGGCUUGGUAGCAGGAAAACAACACCUUGCCCGCCCCAAUAUUCAAGGACAUCGAUUUAUGUCGGUGACGAAUAUUUCGGACCUUGAUGCAACUAAGAAGUUCACAGCAAUCAAUGAGAAGUCUAUUUUGUAUUUCACAGCAACAUGGUACGUUCUACGAUUCGAUGAGCUAAAUGGAGUGAAUCUUCUUUAACUCGAACCCGAUCAAAACAUUUAACCGUACCUCAGAGUUUUCAUACCCGUUUUCUUUUCUCAUUCUAUCUUGCGCGUACAUCGGUAAACAGGUGUCCACCUUGCAAGAUCAUCAAACCUGUCUACGAGGAAUUGUCAGAAAAACAUGAAAACAUCGCUUUUGGAAAAGUAGAUAUUGACGACGCUUACGAUGCAGCUACGGAAUAUCAAAUCACCAGUGUGCCAACGUUCGUCUUCUUUAAUGGAAACGAGAAGCAUGAACAAUUUGCGGGAGCCAAUCAGGAUAAACUAGAAUCUGCAAUCAAAGAUUUGGACGAAGCUUAGCUUGGCCUUUGCAAAAGAAAGAUUAAAUCACAUCAAAUCCACUGUGAUAUUCGUACUAUAAGAAUCCUAGUUGAGUACUUUAGUCACAAAAACUUUUCCAUGCUACGCAAGUACCGUUAGAGUUCCUUUUAUGGUAAGGAACCAUGUUCGAUUCACGUCACGUGCUAGAGCAACAUGAACAAUUUGUUCAAAGUUUUUAAACAAUCAGGUCCUACAAGAUUAUCGAGUCUAACUUAUCUCAACAUUUAACUUCAUUUCCCCCACACUGUCUUCUGACUAGGCUGCCGUAAGAGUGCUCUUCCUUGGCCUGUGAUAUCCGGGCUACCAAAAGUAUCUAGUCCACUACCCCGCCGUCCUUUUCCAUUGUUUAUCGUCUUCGGCAAACAGUCAAGAGUAUCUUCUUCGUCUAAUGGAUUGGUUUCGGUUUCCAUGUCGUCAUCUCGAUUCGAAAUUACUUUCCCUACAACUAUUUCGU